CCUAUAUAAGGGGGAAGUGCCCGGUCACAGGGAGCACAGGGGCGGCGGCAGCGCUGGAGGAGACUGCAUGUGCUGUCCGAUCCAAGCCGGACACGUCCCUUCCCCGAGCAGCAGGGUCCCCACGAGGCGGACCCGCCACAGCACCCAGGAUGCCCAGCAGGACCAGCCGCUACGCCCGAUACAGCCCACGGCAGCGGCGCAGGCGGCUGCUAGCCGAUCGCAGCGUGCGCUUCCCGAACGACGUCCUGUUCUUAGACCACAUCCGCCAAGGGGACCUGGAGCAGGUAGGCCGCUUUAUCCGGGCUCGGAAGGUCGCCCUGGACACCAUCCACCCCUCAGGCCUGGCCGCCCUGCACGAGGCUGUGCUCUCUGGAAACCUGGAGUGUGUGAAGCUGCUGGUCAAAUACGGGGCUGACAUCCACCAGCGGGACGAGACUGGCUGGACACCCCUGCACAUCGCCUGCAGCGACGGAUACCCAGACAUAGCCAGGUACCUCAUUUCCCUGGGGGCCGACAGAGACGCAGCCAACGACAAUGGAGACCUGCCCUCAGACCUCAUCGACCCAGACUUCAAGGACCUGGUGGAGCUCUUCCAAGGGACCAAGAUGGACUGAGCCCAGCCCUGCCCUCCCAGGGCUCUGGCCCUCCCUAGAGAAGUUGGGUGCCCACCUCCCCCAGGCGCUUGCACCUGCCCUAUCGGUCCGGCCAGGACCCCCGUACCUGGGCACAACCCCCACCCCGCACACUUCUGGCCUGGCUUUUUCUUCAGGUGAAUUUUUUAUUGUGACACUUUUUACUUUUUCAA